AUGAGUUCCCUGAAGUGGCUGAUUGUCUCAACACUUAUCUAUUUAUCCACUGCAUAUCCAUUACAGGUUAGUAUCAACAAGACUCUAGUUUAUGAGACUUAACCUAAUUCUAACAAUAAUGUUUUAGGAAGAACUCCCUACAAGAGGACCAUUCGCAACCGACGAAGCUGGACGUGUUAUCUAUCCAAUCACGUGGCCAAAUGGAAAACUUUUAAAUACUGAUGAUUCUGAUAACUAUGUUCUUGAUGACGAUUCAAUUAUUCAAAAAGACGAUUAUGGAAAGCCUAUGGGACCUGAUGGAGAAGUUCUUCCAACUGAUAAAGUCGGAAACUAUAUUCAUCCAUACCUCGGAAAAAAUGGUGAACCUUUGCCAACUGAUAUCAAUAAUCGACCGAUUUAUCCGAUUGUUUCUGCUGAUGGCACACCAUUUCCGACUGAUGCUUCGGGAGUUUAUGUGAAAUCGGAUGGAAGUAGAUUUGUGACUGAUUCGAGUGGUCAACCUUUGGAUAAUGACAAUGUUCCGCUUCCAACUGAUUCACCAGGAAGUUAUGUUGCUUGGGAAAAAGUUCUUGUUGAUGGAAGUGUUAUCAUUGAAAAUUAUUCCCAAUCAGUAUUUAAUAGAUUCUUAGUUUUAACGGAGUGAAAAUAAAAUGCUGAAUUCCCAUUCUGAAUUCUAAAAUUUUGUUUGAAAAUUUGAAUUUUACAAAGAAUCGCCCUAGAAUCUCAAAAUUGCUCAAGAAACCCGAAAACGUGUUCAGGAACUAGACUAUUUGAACAUUUGAAUUUUGCGAGAAAUCGCCAAAUUCUCAAUAGAGCGCGUUUGCAACUUUCAGAAUGUAAUUUUGAGUUUUCCCACUUCCCGGGAUCAAUUUUGGCCUUAAAAAUAACCCAGAAGCUGAAAAUUUCCCUGGAGCUCGAAAUUUUCAAUAAUUACCUUAUAAACCCACCAGAAAUUGUUUAUUCAAUCAAUCAGUGCUCUCAUCAAAAUAAAUAUGUCGAUCUUCGAAAGGCAUCGAAUUCUGUCCGACCAAAUAAAAGCUCGGGUCACUUCUGCGCACCCAAAAUUCCUGCAAUUUCCCGAAAACUGUUGUGUGAAAUUUGAAGCUAUACGUUUCCUGAUUGAUAUCGAAAACCUUUUCGAUGUACUGAUCGAAUAAUUUGAUCUCCUCGGGUGUGAAAUCCGAAUCGUAACUUGUGUUGUUCAUCAAAUUUUGCAAAAUAAUCUUGCGCUGUUUGUAGUGCCAUCUACGUCGCAACUCUUGCGUCGGAAAAUUGCCAAGGGGUGCGUUGAACGCGGAAUCCGCAGAGGUCCAAAGCAAUAAAUCGUCAUAGUUCAUCUCCUGGACCGAUCCGUCAUGCCAUACGACCAGGGUUCCGAACCGAUUCUGAAUUUUCGGUUUGGGUCGGGUCAAACCGAAAAAAAACCCACCCAAAACCACCCACUGAUACCCAGUUCUAAAAUAGAACCACCCAGAAUCAAAGCUGAAAAAACAGUUCUGGUUCAGACUUGACCCAAACCCGACUCGAACCAGACCCACGCAGAACCAAACCCAUUUUUGGAGAACCAACCCAGACCCAGACUCAAUGGAUCAGACUCGGGUAAGACUCAAACUCAUUCGAGAAUCAAAAAUAUCCACCCGAACCAAUUCAACCCAAAUCCAACUCAAAUCCAAACCAUGUGGACUCGGGUACCCGGGUAAAAAUGGUUCUGAAAAAACAAUUCAAAUUUAUUCGAUAAUAUAAUAAUUCACCAGUUUUUUUCCCAGAAAUAUUUUUAAGAAGUUUAUGUUUCGCAAACUUCAGAAAUUUUUAAAACCAUAACUAGCGGGUAUAGGGAAAAAAUUUCAGUUUUUGUUGAAUUUUUUCAACGAGAAUCAAAAUUUCAGUUUUUUGUUGAAUUUUUUCAACGAGAAUCAAAAUUUCGGUUUUUGUUGAAUUUUUUUCAACGAAAAAAUUUGUAAAUCUGGAAGAGCUUCCAGUUUUACAAAUCCAUCAUUUUCGAGCCAAUUUUCAUGAUUUCAGUCUAAAAUUAUUUGAAAUUCAUUUAGUGGGCAUCAUUCGAGUAAUAUGCAAAGAAAGCGUUUGAAAAAAUAGUUGAAUAGUCGAUCAAUGAAAAUCGAAUAAAUGUUUCGAUAACUGGUGAAUUAUUAUAUUAUCGAAUAAAUUUGAAUUGUUUUUUCAGAACCAUUUUUACCCGGGUACCCGAGUCCACAUGGUUUGGAUUUGAGUUGGAUUUGGGUUGAAUUGGUUCGGGUGGAUAUUUUUGAUUCUCGAAUGAGUUUGAGUCUUACCCGAGUCUGA